GGCGGUGUGUGAAGGAUGCCACUAGCAGUACCCAGAAAAUGAGUUUGGAGGAGACGUGGUGAGUCGUUCCUCUCCAGCUGAACGUCAGUAGGUCACCGUGGAAGCAGAGAUCUGGACCAAAGAGCUGUCUCAACCCCAAACCCUUUCAGAUGGAGGUGGAUGCAGACGAUAAGCGCCAUCGAACACGCUCCAAAGUGCCUGUGGAUCCAGCAUUAACAGAGCUUUUCAGUGUGUACGGCUGCCCCCUGGCCAAGAAGAGAAAGAGUCUAGACAGACAAACCCUGGAAACGUCCCCCAAGAGGAGCACUUACCUAGAUGACAUGGACAACUCCACCAUGGAGGAGUGCUACGAGACAGAUGGGACGGAGGAGAUGGACGACAGGGAGGAAGAGGAGGAGGAAGGAGCGGUAGAGGAGGAGGAGGAGGAGGAGGAAGAGGGAGAAGUGGAGGAGGAGGAAGAGGAAGAGGUGGAGGGUUACAUGGACUACAAUGUAGAGCAAAUGGAGCACGAAGAAGGGGAGGUGGAGAGAGGGGACGGAGAUGGGGAGGAAGAGGAGGAGGAGGAGGAGGAAGAGGAGGUAGAGGUGGAGCAAGAAGAAGAGGAAGAGGGCGAUGAGGAGAGGGUGGAGGAGGCAGAGGAAGAGGAGGAAGCGGUAGAGGAGGUGGACUAUGAAGAGGGAGAAGAGGAGGAAGGAGAGCAGAGUCAAGGGCAAGAGGACGAUCAGAUGAGCAGCAGCGAGGGGGGCGAGGGCGACGGCGGAGGUGGCGGCGGCAGUGCCAAAUCCGGAACGACGACGGCAGAGAAGGAUGACAAUAACAACGACGAGUACGAGAACUACGAUGAACUCGUGGCCAAGUCCCUCCUCAACCUGGGCAAGAUAGCUGAAGACGCUGCCAACCGCGCAAUGACGGAAUCGGAGAUGAACAGCAACUCGUCGAACAGCGCAGAGGAAGAGGAAGAGGAGGACGAAGAGGAGGAAGAAGAUGAAGAGGAAGAGGAGGAUGAAGAGGAGGAGGAGGAGGAAGAGGAAGAUGAGGAAGAAGAGGAGGAAGAAGAAGAGGGGGAAGGGGAUGAAACGCAAAGGGGUGAUCUGAGUUUGGACGUUGACAGUGAUGUGGUUCGGGAGACGGUGGACUCCCUUAAACUUCUGGCACAAGGUCAUGGUGCGGUUUUGUCAGACAAUUUAGAUGGACAGGAGUUUGAGGACGGUACUGGCGGGAACACAGAUGAGAACGACCGUACUCACAACGGUGGGAGCGCGCACAAUGGUGGUAACGGACAAGUAAAGGUCACCAGUAACGGACAAAUAGAAAACAGCGACGAGGAAGUGUGUUUAAGCAGUCUGGAGUGCCUACGAAACCAAUGCUUCGACCUGGCUCGGAAACUAAGUGAAACGAAGUCCAGCGACCGAAAUGGACCGUCCCAGCAAAAUCAUUUUUCAUGUGGGGAUCCCAAUCAACAACCCCAGCAUCACAGCUAUGGGGACUUCCACCAUAGCCAAGAUGACAGGCGAACACUUGAUACGAACUAUUCCGACAUGGACAAUCUCAUGAAGCUGGAGGAGCAGUUGAGCCCGCGCUCCAAGGCCUUCUCCAGUUGCGCGCAGGACAACCGAUACCAUACCAACCUCCGAGACUUUGACGAGGACACAGCAUCUGUGACAUCGGACCGGUCGGAGGAAGUGUUCGACAUGACAAAGGGUAACCUGUCCUUGUUGGAGAAGGCCAUUGCACUAGAGUCCGAACGCGCCAAGGCAAUGCGGGAUAAAAUGGCUGCCGAGGCUGCCAGGAGAGACGGGGUGAGGUAUAACCACGAAGACCACGGCCCGCGGCACGGCUAUGGCAUUGAGCGUAAAGCCCGGCUUCCUGACGGCAUGAAGAAGCCAUUUUAUCAUAAAGAUGCUUCCCGUGCAGACAAGAAGGAAAGCCGAUGUCCGACACCGGGCUGUGACGGCACUGGUCACGUCACAGGCCUGUACCCCCACCAUCGGAGCCUGUCUGGCUGUCCGCACAAAGACAGGGUGCCACCAGAAAUUGUGGCUAUGUAUGAGAAUGUUCUUAAGUGUCCUACGCCUGGCUGCACGGGACGUGGCCAUGUCAAUAGCAACAGAAACUCCCACAGAAGUCUGUCAGGAUGUCCAAUCGCUGCAGCCGAGAAGCUGGCCAAAGCCCAGGAGAAGCACCAGGGCUGCGACGGCCCCAAGUCCAACCAGGCCUCUGAUCGAGUCUUGAGGCCUAUGUGCUUUGUCAAACAACUGGACUAUCCACAGUAUGGUUACAAGAACAAUGUUUCCACCAGCACGCCCCGCUCCAACCUGGCCAAGGAGCUGGAGAAGUACUCCAAGACCAGCUUCGACUACAGCGCCUUUGACGGCAGCAACAACCACCAAGUGUACGGGAAACGGGCCAUCGCACCCAAAGUUCACGGACAAAGAGACACCUCCCCCAAAGGAUAUGAUGCCAAACGUUACUGCAAGAACUCCAGCUCGGCCAGCAGCACCACCAGCACCUACGCUCCCAGCAGUAGCAGCAGCAGCCUGAGCUGUGGAGGUGGAGGAGGGGGCGCAGGAGGAGGCAGAGGGGGCGGGGGCAGCAGCGCCAGUAGCACCUGCAGCAAGAGCAGCUUCGACUACAGUCACGACAUGGAGGCCGCCCACAUGGCCGCCACGGCCAUCCUCAACCUGUCCACGCGCUGCCGGGAGAUGCCCCACGGCAUGGGGGGGAAGCCCCAGGACCUGUGCUCGCAGAGCCCGGGUCUAGAUGUUGAUGAGAACGGUACGUUGGACCUGAGUAUGAGCAAGCGUCUGUGCAGCGGCGGCGGAGGGGACUCGGUGCUCACCCCUCUAGAGCCCAUGUCCCCCCAGAGGCAAGCUGCCCUGCUGGGCUCCCGCUGUUACGGCAUUGGGGACGCCGCCGACUGCUGGGACCUGCCUGUAGACUACACCAAGAUCAAACACAUAGACGAGGACGAGAAAGAGCCGGACGACCUGGACCCCUUCCAUGACCUGCUGGAGGACCGCUCCUUCACCACAGAUGUGAACAUGCCGAGCCCCAAGCCCAAGUAUAUCCAGUGCAAGGAGAGUAAGAAGGACCUGAUAACUCUCUCAGGUUGUCCUUUAGCUGAUAAAAGCAUUCGAAGUAUGCUGGCCAACAACGCGCAAGAGCUCAAGUGCCCGACACCAGGGUGCGAUGGUUCGGGACAUAUCACUGGCAACUACGCCUCACACAGAAGUCUCUCAGGGUGUCCGCGGGCCAGGAAAAGUGGGAUAAAGAUCAUCCACAGUAAAGAGAACAAGGAGGACCAGGAGCCUAUCAGGUGUCCAGUCCCAGGUUGUGAUGGUCAGGGACAUGUGACAGGGAAGUAUGCGUCCCACAGAAGUGCAUCAGGAUGCCCCAUAGCAGCCAAGAGGCAAAAAGACGGCUACCUAAAUGGCAUCCAGUUCACAUGGAAGUCUGGCAAGACAGAGGGCAUGUCCUGCCCCACGCCGGGCUGCGAUGGCUCGGGUCACGUCAGUGGCAGCUUCCUGACACACCGGAGUCUGUCAGGUUGUCCACGUGCCACCUCCGCCAUGAGGAAAGCCAGGCUCUCCGGAGUGGAAAUGCUAACAAUAAAGCAGCAACGUGCCAGCAACGGACUGGAGCAUGAAGAGGACAUCAAACAGCUGGAUGAAGAAAUCAAAGAUUUAAGUGAAUCCAAUUCACAAGUGGAAGCAGACAUGAUCAAACUUAGAACACAGAUCACAACAAUGGAGUCCAACCUGAAGUCCAUAGAGGAGGAAAACAAGGUGAUUGAACAGCAAAAUGAAUCUCUCCUGCAUGAGCUGGCCAACCUCAGCCAGUCACUGAUUAACAGUUUAGCUAAUGUCCAGCUCCCUCAUAUGAAACCACUGACACACAAAGAGCCUCCUCUAAGGAAUAACAGCUGCUUACAGCUGCACCAGCAAGAGCAAAUAAGCGAGCAGAACUUUGACGCCUACGUCACCACUCUAACGGAUAUGUACACAAACCAAGACCAGUACCAGAGCCCCGAAAACAAAGCCCUGUUGGAAAACAUCAAGCAAGCUGUCCAAGGGAUUCAAGUGUAACCGUUGAGCAAAGGGAGAUUUUUGUUCCCCCAGCAGGUGUAUCAAACCCUCAUACAAACAGGCAGUGAUGGU